AUGACCAGAGAGGAACGGGAGGAGCUGGACAUCUCGGAAGAUGAAGAGUUCGAUCUCGGGGGCAAGCCCGAUGCGGAUGAGAAUGGCAAGUUCUUUGACGUGGAGGACGACGAGAACAUCAUGGGGUUGGAUCUUGAGGAUUCCGAUCUGGAUGACGAUGUGGACGAAGACGAGGAGGACGAGGAGGACGAUGACGGAGCGGAGGGCGGCAAGGGUGAUGGCCAAUUCGAUGAUGAUAAGGCUUGGGGCCGGAGCAAGAAGCAAUUUUACAGCCGUGAUUUCCACGACGAUGAGGACUGGGACGAGGAGCUCGCCAAGGAUGAGUUGGAGCAGGCCCUCAUUCAACAGAAGAAGAUGCGAGGCGCACUCCUCCCGGAGGACUUUGCCCCCGCCGAGCAGGACCUCAAGCAGAGCGCCGACAAGAAGGCCGCCAAGGAGGCCAAGGCCAAAGAGCUCGAUCUCGAGACGGUGCAGAAGGACAUUUCAUCGCUCACCACCGAGGAGAAGCUCGAGAUCCUCACCGCCGAGGCGCCCGAGCUACUGGGCCUCGUGCAGGAUUUCCGGGCCAAGAUCACCCUCAUGCGCGAGAGAGUGUUCCCGCUCAUCCAGAGGAUCAAGAAGGGCGAGUUCCAGACCUGCAAUGGCGUGAGCUUCUUGGAGGUCCAGUACCAGCUGAUGCUCUCCUAUUGCAUCAACAUCGCCUACUACCUCUACCUCAAGGCCAAGGGCGAGCAGGUCAAGGACCACCCGGUUAUCAACCAGCUGGUGAAGAUCCGCGUCUACCUGGAAAAGAUCAAGCCCAUCGAGAAGAAGCUCAAGUACCAGAUCGACAAGCUGCUCAAGACCGCCGCCAUCGGCAACAUCGCCAGCGGCGACAGCAAGGACCCGCUCAACACGCGAGCGAACCCGGCCAACCUGGUGUCGCCUCUGGACGAGGAGGCGGAGGAGGAUUCCGAUGAGGAUUCGUCGGCCGAGGAGGGUGAAGAGGAAGAUGACGGCAAGAAGAAAAAGAAGAAGAAGUCCCAGGUCCAGAAGUAUCGCCCGCCCAAGAUGGCCGCCGAGAAGUUCGAGGACUCUUCUGUUCUCGCGCAGAAGGCGAAGGAGGAGAGGAGAAGAAAGAAGGCCCUGAGCAGCGCGCUUGCCCAGGACCUCCUCAACGAGUUUGGCACGGCGCCGGAGGAGGUGGAUUACGGCACGACGCGUACCAAGUACGACCAGAGGGAGAAGGAGAAGACCGAGUACGAGGAGAACUACAUGACGCGUCUCAUGGACACCAAGAAGGACAAGCAGGCCCGAAAGAAGGCCAUGCGGGAGCGAUCCACCCUACGAAACGAGCUCAAGGACCUCGGCGACUACGCCGACAUUGCCGCGCUCGACUUUGACGGUGGCGACGACGGAGGCGCCGAGCUGCGACAGUACAGGAAGAACAAGUCGCUGGGCAAGAUUGUGAAUGAGAGGUCGCUGCCCCUCUCCAGGAAGCGCAAGAUCAAGGAGAUGCACGAGGAGAGGGACGCGGCGAAGGGCGUCAGCCGCGGCGGCGACGACGACUUCGACUCGUUCCGCGACGGCGGCGACCGGAAGAGGGCCAGAGGCGGCGGCUUCGGCGGACGAGGUGGUGGCCGAGGCGGACGCGGCGGCAGCGGCGGCCGCGGAGGCGGUGGCGGCGCGCGCGGACGUGGUAGCGGCCCGAGGAUGGGCAAGGGCGGUAGGAUGAAGGUCAGGCACUAA